AAAAGCAUAAAAACUAGGUGAGUCCUGAAAGGCAAACCAGGAACCCGCACUUUUCUUGUUUUUCGUAACUGACAAUGUCGUAUUUUCUUUUUGCCAUCACCAUGGUUGCCAUUGUUACCGUUGCUCUUCAUUACAGUACCUGGCUCACCGGGCCAUUCCAAGCCCUAUUUCAGCGAAACUCAUUCAACUUGUUAUCCUUGUUGCCAUGCUGCUAAAGGCCAUUAUUGUCAGUGACGCGCCCAAAUUAGCGACAUCCAGUUGCAUCAUUCAAAGAAGCUCGAGUCGUCGAAAGCCGCUGUCAACUUCUUCCGUCCCUCCUCGAGCCUCACGAACCAAUGUCGACAAACAGACAACCACGACGGACGGCGACUUUUACCAAGUCCUCCAACGCUACUCGACAUUGUACCGCAUCGUCUUGGCCCGGCCCAUGAGCAACGGUUUGAUACUCGACGAAUGGCAACGCAUUUACAUCCAGGUGGUCAACGAACUUGGGUUGCUCCUCGACGGAGAGAAAGCGAAACAGUGUUGCAUGCGAUUAUCUUGUAGGUUGUUGGUGAAAGGCCCUGAAGGUUUUGUGCAAGAUCCCAACUAUCAUAUGGAAACGCGUGGUUCCCUUUACGAUGCAUGGGAAACAAUGGACGGCCUCACUUCAUCCAAUUGGCCGGGAUUUUACGACAGUGGUUCAGGAAGUAUCGAUGUUCGCAUUGUCGCCACCCAUAGUAAGGUCAGCCAAAAGGCGUGCUGUCCGCCAAAAUCGAUCUAUAUCCAUAUUUCUCCAGUAUUUGAAGAGCCGUAUUCUUUCCACGCGUUACCGCUCGUGAUAGGACCCGUCGAAGUCGAAGCAGAGAAGAGUGCACGGACAAAUGAUACCUGGGGUGCCGAUAGACAAUCCAAGGCAAUGCAUCGCGCGUUUUGUUUGGAUCAGACAUCCAUGUCGGUUUUCCUCAUUAAAGAAGGAUGGAUGUGCGGAACACCGGGGAAAAUGUGGGAUUCAGCUCUCGUGCUCUCGGAUAUGCUGGUCAAUCGGAUCCGUCAUCAGCCGCAGUAUCUUGAACACCGUCGAAUCAUUGAUCUAAGCGCAGGUACAGGUUCGGUCGGGUUAUUAAUUUCCAGUAUAUACCAACGAUGGUUCCCCGAUCGGAUGCCUCAGAUCACCCUUACAGAUUUACCUGAAGCGCUUUCGCUGAUUGAAUUUAACAAGAACCUCAACUUUAACAGUGACAUCAACGCCAACGUGCGCAUCGAACCACUGGAAUGGGGCAACAUCGAUCAUACCACUCACAUUGCCAACUCUGGGCCUGUGGAUCUCAUUAUUGCCUCGGAUGUCGUUUAUAACCCGUCAUGCUUCAGUUUACUCGUACAAACAUUGGAAACCCUGAGUACUCCCGGAAGGACCGUCAUUUACCUCGGAUAUAAGCGGCGUGGUUUGAAGGAAGAAGAUGAAGAUCAAUUCUUCAAACUUUGUUCAGCGAACUUCCACAUUAGUUUGGUGCAAAAGAACCAGAUGUCCGAUGGGUUUGGCGACUGGGAACGAGAACAAGCACCACUCGUGAGAGAUAGCGAUGAUGGUAAAGGAUGGAUGGGAAUCUUGCCUUCUGGUCGUACUUCUUCUCUGGGGAAUCCCCAAGAAACCGGUGUCCGUGUCUAUCGCCUAACCAAGAAAAUCAAUUAAGCCCUUUCUCUUGGAUCCUCCCGCUAUCUAUCUAUCUAUCUUUCUUGUGAAUUUUUUCCUUUUCUUUUGCUCCCUGUGCUCUCGCUUUUCCCCUUUGCUUUGUUUUGUUUUGUUUAUACAAAUUAACACCAGUCUCUCGCCUUUUUUAGAUUAAUAUCUCCAAUAAAAUAGAUCGUAAUAC